AUGUCAUUCUGUUAAGAGUAAUUUUUUAUUAAUAUUUGAAGACCCAAAGUUGACUGUCAAUACUUGAAAUCUGUUCUAAAGAAUCUUGAUAAUAGAUUAAAUACAUUUGAGAAUUCUAAUCAGAAUUGUUUAUAGAAAAAUCAUCAAUUUUUGGAUAAAUAUCAUUAGGAAUUAGUUAUCCCAAAACUCAAACUAAACAAAAUACAAAUAGGAUUUAAUGAUAAUAAUGUCCCUUAAAAGAAAGUCUUAGUUACUUUUGGAAACAAAGAGAAUUUUAGAACAGAUAAUUGCGAAUAAGUUGGAGAUAAAAUAGAUUAAACAAACCUUAAUAUUAACUAACCAUCUCCUUAAGAUAAAACUAUAGCAUUUUCAAAUCAGAUGGGUUAAUAAUAAUUGUAAUAACCAAAACAAUAAGAUAAUAAAUUUAACAAUAUUAAUAAUUAACCUAAACUCAAAUUAGUCAAACAGGAUUCAAAACUAAUCCAUCCAAUAUUCUCAAAGAAGAACUAUGAAUAAUAAUCAUUAGGGACUAAAUUUUAUACUCGCAAUAAUUCUAUAUAAUCAACUCCUGUUAAAUAGAUUGGAUAUAAUUCCUCUUUAGGAACUUCACCUUUAAGAAGAAAGAAUUCUUAAAAAAAUAAUGAUUUAUAUAUCAAUUCAUUGUAAAUUGAUGAUAUGAUGCAAAAUUAAAGCAAAUUUCUUAAAUAUUUUCAAUAAAAUUAUGGAUCACUCAAAUAAUAAUGUAAUACAUAUGACAAUCCUACUAUCAAGACUAGAACUACUUUCAAAUCUCAAAAUACGAGACCUUUGGCUGAUGUUUAAAUGAUAAAAAAUUGA